GGCGUGGUCCCUGGCACGCAGGUGGAGGGGACUGGGUUUUUUACAAGCUUCUGCACAUUCAGGAAGUGAAAUGCCUGGAUGGUCAGUUUGUAUUGGGGCGUUCUCUCCAUGUUGGGUAAACGGAAAGACUGGGCAAGGGGGGCAAGUGGGGGCAGCCAAUGGGGCUAGAGCUGCUGGCACAAUGAGCUGAAUGGACAAGCUGCACAGAUGGGAUUCUCUCUCUUUCUGGACUUUCUUGUUACUCAGUUUGCUGAGCUGAAACGGGACCGGCUGAUGGGUGGGGAAUCCAGGUCCAUUCUCUAGUUGGGCAACUGUUCCUGAUUGGAGGGUGUUGCUUCUGGGCUGUUAUUUUUGGAGUAUUUUUCCAAGAGAUUCCUUAAUUGUCAUGGGUGGGGGGUGUAAGGAACAUUGGGCAUUUCCUUUAUUGGUUCUCUGCCUGAUAUUCUUAUGCCCAGAGUGGGUGCUUGGUGCCCAAGGUUCUUGUAGGUAUGGGUGUUUGAUGCCCUGAUUGGGUGCCCAAGGUUCUUGUAGGUAUGGGUGUUUGAUGCCCUGAUUGGGUGCCCAAGGUUCUUGUAGGUAUGGGUGUUUGAUGCCCUGAUUAGGUGCCCAAGGUUCUUGUAGGUAUGGGUGUUUGAUGCCCUGAUUAGGUGCCCAAGGUUCUUGUAGAUAUGAGAGUUUGAUGCCCUGAUUAGGUGCCCAAGGUUCUUGUAGAAACAAGGGUUUGAUGCCCUGAUUAGGUGCCCAAGGUUCUUGUAGGUAUGGGUGUUUGAUGCCCUGAUUAGGUGCCCAAGGAUCUUGUAGGUAUGGGUGUUUGAUGCCCUGAUUAGGUGCCCAAGGUUCUUGUAGAAACAAGGGUUUGAUGCCCUGAUUAGGUGCCCAAGGAUCUUGUAGAUAUGGGUGCUUGAUGCCCUGAUUAGGUGCCCAAGGUUCUUGUAGAUAUGAGAGUUUGAUGCCCUGAUUAGGUGCCCAAGGAUCUUGUAGAUAUGGGUGCUUGAUGCCCUGAUUAGGUGCCCAAGGUUCUUGUAGAUAUGAGGGUUUGAUGCCCUGAUUAGGUGCCCAAGGUUCUUGUAGGUAUGGGUGUUUGAUGCCCUGAUUAGGUGCCCAAGGUUCUUGCAGAUAUGAGAGUUUGAUGCCCUGAUUAGGUGCCCAAGGUUCUUGUAGCUAUGCGGUGCACAAAUAGUGUGAUGUUUUUAUGUUGGUAGAUCCCUUUUCUGGUUCCAUUUCUGGGUUCUUGAAGGCAUCAUGCAUGUAUAAGUGAUGUCCUCUGUAGAAACAGUUCAGAUACUGUUGGGUUCUAGGUGUUACUCUGUACCUAGGGAACAGCUGGUGGCUCAGAGUGGUUUCUUCCAGUCACUGUUCCGGUCGGGCAUGAGGGAAAGUCAUGGGGAACCAGUGACUCUGCAUGGGCUGACCCCUGAGGGCCUGGAAGGGGUUCUCCGCCACAUCACUGGGGGUUCCCUUCUAGAAGCUCAGGGGGGUUCCGAGUUUGGUUUCCAGGUUGUUUCCUUGGAAGAUCCAGAACGUUGCUCACUGGAGGAUGAAUCAACAUGCGGCCUGGAGUCAUCGGGCCCUUUACAGGCUGUGGUGGAAGCCGCAUCCUACCUACAGGUCCAAGGUCUUCUGUCUCUCCUGCAGUCCUCCAUGUCCCUGGACACGUGUCUGGAUAUCCUGGAGGUGGCGCAGUUGCAUGGCCAGUGGGAUUUGGCUUCGGCAGCUCUACAUUUCAUGGCUGCUCAUUACCUUUCUAUGUUGAGGAGGGAAGACUUCCAGCAGAGCCCAAGGUCCCUCAGAACUCGUGUCCUGGAAGAGAGGCUGAGAGGAACCCCAGCCCUUAUGGUCCUGUCCCAACAGGGCCCUGACAACUGGGUGCUACUAAGGUACCUGGAAGGGGGAGGCGGUUGGCAAGUCAUGACCGGAGAGGUCCCACAGAGUAUGCUGAGGGUGCAAGGCUAUGGGGCUACCACACUCCAUAACUACCUGUUUGUGGCUGGAGGUAGGAGGGACAAUGGGCAAGAGAUCAGUGCCGUGCACUCGUACAACCCGAGCAACGGGUGCUGGACCCAGGAGCCCUCCAUGAACCAAAAGAGGUGUAAUUUCCGCUUGCUGGCUGUUGGUGGGGCCCUUUACGCCGUCGGGGGCCAAACUCUGCCGAACGUGGAGUGUUACAUUCCUGCUCAGGACGCUUGGACCCCCGUGUCCCCCCUUCCCGAGAUAUUGGCCGAGUUCUCUGCCUGUGAAAGCCGUGGGAACAUAUACGUGGUGGGAGGUUACACGCCUCGGGGGCGAAACCUGAACAUUCUUCGAUAUUGCCCCUCGGCUGACGAAUGGUGUGUGUUCGACGUGUGCCAGCAGCAUGUUCGGAAGCAGCAGAUGGUGUCACUGGAAGAGACAAUAUUUCUGGUUGGAGGAUGCGUGCGUAAUGUAAAGUCAGGCCAAACUGAGGACUCCCUGGGCAUUCACUCGUAUAACACAAGGACGAAAACCUGGAACUGCUUGAAGGCAAAUACAUCGAAAUCCGGACUGAGUGUGAGCUGCGCGCUGCACAAUGACGGCAUCUAUAUCCUGAGCCGGGACAUGGGACCGACGAUGGGGGCGCGGAACCGCAUCUUUCUGAAAUACUGUGUAUUCACUGGGGGCAUCGAGUAUGUGCGUGGGCCCCCCUCUGAGGGUAACAACAUGCAGCUCUGCUCACUGUACCUGCCCCAAGCGCUAUGAACGCAUUAAAGGGGCAGGUAGCCUAGACCUUUAUUACUGGGAAUGGGCUAAUUCAGUACCCUAAGGACUUUAAUGCCAAUAGGAGUGCAUCUUGCACUGCCAUAGAACUGCUUCAUGUUUGCACCUCCCUACAGUCUAAACCCCACCCCUUUUCCUGCUGGGUCCGGUCCCUUUCUAUGCUGUGCUCCACCAUAGGAGGAGGGUGGCUAAAGAUGGGCCAUACAUAGACUGACCUAAAGCUAUUGUGAGACUUAGUGGAUUCGCUGCUGGUGUUAAAAAUGAACCUCCAAACUACCUCUUGGGGUUCCCACUGACUGACCAGGGUUACUGUGCGGAUGGGAGGGCUUUUUUCACCCUAAAAUGUUCAGGAUGUAAAAGUAUUCAUAAAUGCACUUCUGUGAGGUGUUCUCCAUCCAUUUUUGGUUAUGAUCAGUUAGCUUAAAUGUUUUAUAGCGAGAAAGGCAGUGGGUAGUGACACCCCAGGCACAUUAUGUACAGUGAAAUGCAGGCUUUAUUUAUAAAAACCAGCACAUUAUAUCCA